AUGAACUCGUCACCCCCCCGGAAGAACCAUGGAGUCUUGGGCUCCCUGGCGGCCGGGUCAAGGGCCUGCACCAACCCUUCUGCCACCAUUCGAAGCCUCUUUCCUCUCUCGCCAGGGUUCCCUCGGCCGGUUAAAAAAGCAGGUACCAAAAGCUCCGUUGGAGGUGCCGGUGCUCACCUCAAGUAUCCCACGCCUGUGCCCACGUCCAGCACCGGCAUCCUCUCGUCCUCGCCGCCGCGUGUCGCCCGCCGUCCGAGCAUUGUACGUCCCGGCUCCUCUUCCGCCGAACGUGCCCCUCUCGCCUCUGUUCCUUCGAUCGAGCUCAACGACAAUGGCGAGACGCUCCUCAUGGGCCGCUCCAGCAACUCUUCCCAUUACCAGCUCUCCGGCAACCGUCUCGUGUCACGCGUGCACGUCAAGGCCCGCUACGUGCCUGCCGCCUCGCCUCUACACCCCAACAAGAUUGAGAUUGUGUGCAAUGGCUGGAACGGACUGAAGCUGCACUGCCAGGGCCGCACGUGGGAGCUCCUCAAGGGAGACUCGUUUACAUCGGAGACGGAGGGCACCGAGAUUAUGGUGGACGUGCACGAUGCUCGCCUCAUGAUCCAAUGGCCUAAGAAAGACCUCCGCGAUGCCCUCGGCAAUCUCUCAGACUCGUCUUGGGAGGACUCGCCGCGUCCCCAGGCCCGCGGUGUUGCCGCUCUUCAGUCGAGCCCGAUUCGCCGCGCGCCGCGUAUCGAGACACCCGAGUCUCCUACACCGGCCACCACCAACACAUCGUCGCAGCGCCUCCAGUCUCUGCUACCCGCGAGCGCGAGCGACGAAAUCCAAAUCUUUGAGGACUUCAGCGCUGAGGAUGACUUGCUCAAGCACGCGAGCCUGGUGAAGGAGGAGGAGGUCGAGCCGUCUCCCAAGCGCGAGCCCUCGCCUGCACCAGCGAUUGAGAACCCCACGGUCAAGAACCACGUCGUCAACCAGCUCGCCUUCUCCCGCCUCUCGUCCACGCCCCUGUCUGCCAUUAUGAACGCGCUGCCCGCCGAGGAGAAGCGUGGCCUCACGAAGAGCACGCUGCGUUCUAUCAUCGAGGGCACUGUCUGCAUUGGCAUCAUCUCGCGCCAGGGCAAGGAUGCCGCCGGCCAGGCCCUCGAGAGCGAGUACUACUACAUGCCCGAGGGCGACGACGACGAGCAGCGGAGGCUCGCCGUUACUGACGGCCUGCGCAAGCCGAGUCUGCGGGCGUGCAGGAAACAGCACAAGCAAUACUACUGGAAGCGCCCCCGAACUCCGUGA